UAAAUUAUUUCUUAAAACGAUUAUGAAAAAAGACCUUGACCGCGUUGAUAAUUUUGUACACGGUCCAUCAUGUAACACGAGUAAACACUUUUAAACUCGUAUGAUAACAUUUUAAGAUAUGCAUGCAUCGUUUACGUCUUUAAAAUGGUGAUAAAAUAGCGAUACGUACAUGACAUUGUUUAUAUCAUAAAAUGGCGGGCGAAAUGCCACUGUUAAAUAUUUAUUGUGCCACCAUUUUUCAGCACCGUCAAGACUUCUUAAUAAGGAAUACGGAUUACAACGUAAUAAAGUUACAGACAACAAAAUCUUUGCGGGAGGACGGCUCAGCUAUAUUUGAAGUGCCUGAGCUUGAAGACGAGACUGUUGCCAGUAAGAUAGAAGUGUUAUUUGCAGAUGUACCAGUCAUAGCCAAAUACCGAAAGAAGCUCGUUAAUCUAAAAUGGGCCCAUACGUCUUCGAACGGCGUAAACUUUCUUAUGGACUCAUUUGAGAAAGACGAGCCAUUUCCGCAGUUCACUCUUACAAAGACGCCGGGUUCCCUAAAUGCUUUACAUACUACUGAAUACGUUAUAGGCCAUAUAAUAGCGAAUGAAAGACAAUUCUUCCAGGCAAAGGAGUCACAACGAAAGUCAAAAUGGGAUAGGGCGAUUUAUGCCUCCGGUCGAAGUCUCUCUUCUCUUUCUAUCGGUAUUCUUGGUGUUGGAAAAAUAGGACAAAAACUUGCUAAAAUAUGUAAAGAGUUUGGAAUGACGGUGUGGGGACUAACAAGAAGGAAAUAUACAGCUGAAGACGGCUGUCCACAUAUAGACUUUUAUAGAACGCAAGAAAGACUGAGUGAUCUUUUAGAAAACUGCGAUUAUAUAUGCAGCAUUUUACCCAGCACGCCACAGACUAGAGAUAUGUUGUCCGGAGACGUCUUAAAAAGUUGUAAAAAUAAGAAAAGCGUUUUCAUCAAUGUAGGACGUGGAGAUGUUGUAGAUGAACAGAGUAUUGUGCAUGCAAUCAAUAAUGGUUGGCUGAGUGGUGCUGUCCUUGACGUAUUUCGUACGGAGCCAUUACCAGCUGCCAGUCGUCUUUGGAGUCUCCCAGGUGUUACAGUGACUCCACAUGUCUCUGGUUGGUCUUUAGGCCCAUCUCACACAGAGAAUAUAAUGAGGUGUUUUAUGGAUAAAAUUCAAUGUUAUGUGGAAGGACUUCCAUUGAAGGACGUUUUGGACUGGUCGCAGGGCUAUUAGCAAUGACCUGUUUAAAGGUUGAGUGUGUUUGGAAUUUAAAUAUAGAAAAUCCAAUGUGAAGUGUUCCACAUACUGUACCAUUGUUAUACGCCCGAAGGAACGUAUAAUGUUAUAUCACCGGUGUCCGUCCGUCCGUCCGUCCGUCCGUUAGCAAUUUCGUGUCCACUCUGUAACUGUUGAACCCUUUGAAGGAUUUCAAAGCAAUUUGACACAAAUGUUCAUCACACUGAGGUGACGUGCAGAGUGCAUGUUUUGGAUGCCUCGCUUCAAGGUUAAGGUCACACUUAGGGGUCAAAUGUCAUAUGAGUGUGUUUUGUGUCCGCUCUGUAACUCUUGAACUGCUUGAAGGAUUUCAAAGAAACUUGGCACAAAUGUUCACCACACGGAGACGACAUGCAGAGCGCUUGUUUCGGAUGACUAGCUUCAAGGUUUAGGUCACACUUAGGAGUGAAAUGUCAUAUAAGACUUUGCUGUGUCCGCUCUGUAACUCUUGAACAGCUUGAAGGAUUUCAAAGAAACUUGGCACAAAUGUUCACCACACUGAAACGACGUGCAGAACGCAUGUUUUGGAUGUCUUGUUUCAAGGUCAUGGUCACAGGGGUCAAAGGUCAUAUGAAUGUGUUUCAAGUCCGCUCUGUAACUCUUGAACUGCUUGAAGGAUUUCAAAGAAACUUGGCACAAAUGUUCACCACACUGAGGCGACGUGCAGAACGCAAGUUCUGGAUGACUCGCUUCAAGGUCAAGGUCACACUUAGGGGUCAAAGGUCAUCUAUGACUUUGCUUUGUGCAUAUUGCUCAGCAUUGCAGUGCUCUUGUUUCUAUUUGGCAGAUCCCUUUUUUGUUCUCUAACAAUAAUUUUUUGUUAAUUACUUCUUUUUUUACUAUAAAUAGCUUAUUCUGCAACUUUUUUAUUAUUGGCUGUAGGGAAAAACCGAGACCACUUUUCUGUGGUACAACAUGGAUGGUAUAUCCAAUUUUUAGAUGUAUUUUAACAUAACUUUACCUGGUAAAAAGUUUUUUUGUGGACUUAGAAUUUUUUUGGCAUUUCUUCUUUUUGUUGUUCCUGUCCUUUGGGCUUCAACAGUCAAGUUUUUUAAAUUUUGCUCCCAUCAUCCGAUGUAACCCUUCGGGCGUAUAUUGCCCCGCUUAGCGGCGCUCUUGUUUUAGAAUUAGGGUUAGUUUUCUUCAUUCUUCAUACAUUAUUACUGUUUGAAGUAUUUAUUGAAGAUCUGUCACUAUAUCUGCAAUGUCCAUUUCAUUAAAUCGAUUCAAUGUGUUCAAGAUGACCAAACAAAUAAACAGAACAACAUUAUUGUAAAUGUAUCUCUCAAUACAUAUUUGAUAUAAAAUGAAGAAAAGAAAAAAAGAAAAUAAUUUUUGUGAUAUCUUUGAUUGUUUUGAACUUGGUAUGUUAACAAAAUAUUAUGAACAGUUUCACAAUCUACAAUACGUGGUUGUAUUAAUUGAAAAUAAUUCGAACAAUUCGCCCUAUUCCACCUAAUUUUCUCUCACCAAAGUAAACGAAUAGGCCUAUUUGUGGUUUCUAAUUUCUGCCAAGUCGAAGUGGCAUGUAGGCGUGCCUGAAUUAGCAUACCAGUACGACAUAUAUACGAUAUUUGUCAAUAUAUUUUUCAAUCCUAUCUAUCGUGUUGUUGCCCCGUGAACACGCUAACAUGCCAAAUUCACAGAUGUUGUUUUGGCACCCCGGUGGAAUUCCAGAGACCUUAUGUGUCGUUCCGGCGGGCGUAUUUGGCGUUUUGGCGUACUGGCGCCUUUUAAACUCACCAACACACCAGCACGACAAAAUGGCGUUUGAAGGCCACUAACGUGUUAGUGUUAUAAUUACCAGUAUACACACCAAUAAAAUAAAUAAGGUAUUUAUCGUUCUGGUGAGGCGCCAAAAAGACAUCUGCGAAUCUGGAGUACUAGCGUGUCUACGUGGCGCUUGACUAGGCGUGACGGCGCCCUAGCCAAAACAACAAUAUUCUAGCGCUAAGAUUUGCCAUGCCAGAAAGGAUGUGGUAGAACCUAGGUUUUUUUAGCAAAAUCACAAAAUUGGCUUGGAUUUCAUUAUACACAUCCCAUGAUUCACUUCGUCUGUAAUAUUGUCAUCUCAACAUACUUUUUUAAAUACUAAUCAUUGUGACAUUUGUUGUACAGUCACCAAUUACCAUGUAAGUGAGUGAUUAUGUUGGAUUUUACAGUGAAUCGGUACUAAAAGGUCUUAUAUCAAAAUGUAUGUAAACAUAUCAAAUAGUGUUAAACAUCAUUUGUUAUAAUAGGAAUAUCAUACGUAAUGUAAAUUUAUCAAAAAAGUGUUCAUAUGUUUACAGACAAAAAUAUAUUUGUUCGUAUAUU